AAGCUCCAUGCUACGUUCGUUGGCAUCUCCGCUGCUGUGCGAAUCUCUUUCCUCUCUCUCCCUCUUUGCGUUAUCGGUCUUCAAAUGGAGCGACAUGUGCAGCGGCUUCUGAACCGGGUGUCUCUGGUCUUCGCCACCGCCGCCACCCUCUCCCUCCUCCACCUCUUCUUCCGCUCCUCCUCCUCCUCCUCCUACUGCAUCCCCUCCUACUCCCCCCUCCAACCCCACCCCAACCAUCCCCACCACCCCCAAACCCUAACCCUAGCCCUAACCCCCUUCCCCCGCUCCUCCUGCGACGCCGCCUCCCGCUCCUUCGUCCCCCUCGAGAAGCGCUCCGCCAAGCUCCGCUCCUCCGCCGCGUGGCGCCGCCACGUCGCCUCCCUCUCCGCCGCCGUGUUCUCCCCCCUCCGCGCCCUUCGCCUCCUCUCCAACUCCUCCCGCGUCCUCUGCGUCUCCGCCGGCGCCGGCCAGUCCGUCGCCGCCCUCCGCGAUUCCGGCGUCGCCGACGUCACCGGCGUCGACCUCCUCGAUUUCCCCCCGCUCGUCAGCCGCGCCGACCCCCACAAUCUCCCCUUCUUCGACGGCGUCUUCGACCUCGCCUUCACCCCUGGCCUCGCCGGCGCGCUCUUCCCCACGAGGUUCGCCGCAGAGAUGGAGCGCACCGUGCGGCAGGGCGGGGCCAUCGUGCUCGCUCUCGAGUGGUGGCCUUCGUCCUUGUCGCCGCCAUCAUUGUCGGAGGCUCGAACGGAAGGGAUUUGGGCACUCUUCAGGAGAUCCAGCAUUUUGGAGGAAAGUUCCAAAGAUAUCACUUGGAUUGCGCACCUAAUGUCACAUCCCGAAAGACAUGAGCAUGAAAGCAGGGGUCAGAAAGAGACCAAAGCUUAUGUUUUUGUUCUCGUGAAAAAUAUGAUGGUUUAUUGUAACAUCAGCAAAAGAGAGAUUUGGUAGUCUUGCUCAAAUAGUUUGCCUUUUGGGAGUGGUUUGCUUUCCCUUUGCUUUUGACAUGCAUAUGCGGCAAAGAUUUAGUAAAAUUUAGUCGCCAUAUAAAAAUACUCUCAGAAUGAUUUGUACAUGUUUCAUGGGAAUAUAAUGGUUCUAGUUAGAUAUCCUCCAAAGGUGGAUACCCAAAUACUUCACCUUGGGAUAUGUUUACCCUGCAUAUUUUUCCUUUGAGAACGGUUUGUUAUAUGGUUUAUCGUCUCAUAAUGCUUUUAGAGCGCAUUCGGUUCGAGUUA